UUUACGAGUGCUAGUCCGCCUGCUCGUGUGUCGUGGUGCAUCGUUUGGUCGCGCCGCGAUAACAUGGCCAAGAGCAAACGAGAUUCGCGGAGUUGUCGUUAGGACCGCAAGUAACUUGUGUCUCGUGUGUGUUACACCGCGCUCGCAGCGGUUCUCUUCAGACACCAAGAAGCGAACGAGAGAGCAAGGCAAAAACUCGCUGAACUCUCAGCAGCGCCGCCACUAUCCAGCCACCCCCAUCUCCGAUCCGCGACGACGGAGACUACGUCGUCGCUUGAAUAAACCAUCCUGGUCAAUUGCUGUUUCUCCCUAUUUUCGCACGCAGAAAGCUCGUUGACGUGCAGUCGUGCCGAGUCGCGCGUUCGACUCACUCUCUCUCUCUCCAGGUGGAAAGAUCAACACAGACGGUGGAGAGAGAGUGAGAGCGGCAUACUCGACUGAGCGCGAGCGGCAGCAUCGCCGGGACAUAAUGGGGAAGCAGAAUUGAUAGAUAUGUGACACUGGAUGGAUUUAGAAUGUUUGCUUUCAAAUUAUAAAGGCAGCAUUUUGCUACGCAGAGAUUUCACUGUACCCUAAGGUGUUCCCAGGUUACUUGGGUAGUUAUGUGAUUAAUUGUUGAAAUGGCGGCUGAUAGUGAUGGUGAUCUAAUUGAAACAGUGGUAACGUGUGAGGGAGACAUACAAGAUCCAGAUUUUCCAGAAAAAUUCAAAGUUAUUGUUGACCGUCUCAAAGUCCUUGUCUGCAAAGAUAAGGAACAAGAGCUAAGAGUUGAUAAAGUAGAACCAUGGAAUUCAGUGCGGGUAACAUUUUCGAUACCCAAAGAAGCUGCUUUGAAGUUACGAGAGCUGGCAGCCCAAGGUUCUGCCACCCUCACACAGCUCGGUAUACUUUCUGUUCAAGUAGAAGGAGAUCAGGUGAUCUCACUAAGGAUAGCUGGACGAUAUGGCGGGGAAACGCAAGAGAUAGUGCUGCACUCAGGGCCAGCGUCACAAGAAAAUGGAAGCAAAGAAUCCCAAAGUGAUUCCAGCAAUAAUGCAACUAGUUUAGACAGUAAUGCUACUUCUGUGCCUGGACCUAGCAACGCAGCGACUGCCAGCAUCUCGUCGACACUUCAUAAUGUCGCUCAAAUCAUUGCAGCUGGUCCAUCGUCAGAAAAGCCACCACCAUUCCGUUCGCCGAACGUGGUCGCGCCCACAGACUGUGAUCCAAUUCCAGCGUUUCUUACAAAGAAUGCUCAACCAAGCACGGUGAGCGGUACCAGUGGCAGUACGAGUCUUCAGGUUCCAAGUACCAGUAGUGCAUCACCGAGGACGCCAAGUUACAAUGGACCUUUCCCGUUUGCCAGUAUGACACACGCGGCACAAGCUAUUCACAGUCGAGUCGAAGCCGCGGGUAAUGCUGUCAAAGCGGUACCAGUGCAAUUCAAGCAUCAUAAUCAACCGCCACCGCCUUAUCCAGCCGCCAAUGCUGCCGCUACUGUUGUCAACCAGGAUGGCAUUAUCGCGGGUGAUAGCUCGCCACAGGCUGUUCGUGCGGUAACGCAGCCGGUGGCAGUUGUCGGUCAAAGUCAGUACAAAUCAUCGAACGUCAUGGCAUCUAGUCCAUCGCCGAAUAAUAGUAAUGCCUUGACAGCGAACUCAGUAAUCGGCGUAUCCGCAACGAUGCCAGGCAAUCAAGUAGCUUUAUCGAGUCCCCUUCUCGUUAAUCUAUUGCAAAAUGAUGGCAGUGGUACAUCUGCGCCUCAACAGCAACAGCAGCAACAACAACAGCACCAACAACAACAAAAAAUGUUACCACCAGCAGUGGUAGAUGUAUCGGUAGCGAACCGAAUACGACCACAAAAAAAGCCAACGGUCAGAAGGAAAGAUCUGGUAGAGUCGCCACCGCCAACGAGCCUCGAUUCACUGCGAACCGAGGAUCUAAUCGUGUCGACAGCAUUGAUCGCGGAUAUUGGAACGGGACAUGGACCCUCAGCUUUCGCACAGGUUAAUGCUCCGUCAACAGUGCCUCAACCGCUGCCACAGCAGACGGCCAUGCAAGUACAAAUCCAACAGAAGCAGUUCCCCAUCAGGCAGGAACUCACUUAUAGGCCUGCCACUCAACAGCAGCAGGUGCAAACGCAGUUGGCCGCAAGGUUUCCUGUUAACGGUCAACAGGUAAGGACACCAUCGCAACAACGGCAACAGCAGUUGCUAUUGCAACAACAAUCACAACUGAACCAGCAGCAGCAAAGUCUGACGACGCAAGCGCAGCUGAUACAGCCUCAGCAGCAAAUGCAGCAACAGAUCACCGCCGGAGCGCCAGUUAUACAACAGCCAAGUCCCACGAGCACCGGUCAACUGUUGCAGCAACAGCAACCGAUGCUUCAGCAAACUCAAACUGUCGUGGGGGUCAAUGUAAAUCAGCAGCGGCUUGUCUAUCAGCCAAUCAGGUCAAUGCAGACUGUUAGCACGCCACCACAACAACAAACACCACCUCCAUACCCACAGCGUCAGCAACUGCAACAUGUACCUCAACAGUCGCAACAACAAAUCCCAGUACAACAAUUGCAGUUACUAACCCAGCAACAACAGCUGCAACAACAAACGCUAAACGUGCAGCAACAGAUACACUUGAAUCAGUCGAAGAGUCAAGCGAAUGUAGAUGCUGGAACAACGAAUGAUUUCCGGUAUAGCCAAAAUAUACUGAACAGGAAUAGCUUUGAUGUGACGAAUGGGACCACGACGUGGACAGCUACCACGCAGCACCAACAACAGCAACAAAAUAUUGCUGUCGCCGGAGCACCGCAAACGAUUGUUGCUCAAACGGCACCUGAUGCCUUUUCGCAAAGCGGCGGCAGUUUACCGAAACAUCUCACGAAGACAGUGAUAGCCCCAACAGUAGCAAUACCACAGACGAAUACAACCGUUUCGACAUCGAAUCUGAGCAACAAUCCAAUCACCAUAACUGCAAAUAGCGAGUCAGCCAAAGUCGAUGAAGUACCUGCGGAACCGGAAUAUACAUCGUCGGGUAAACCUAGACAGUAUCUGAUAAAUCCGUUGUCAGGUCUACUGGAACCAAUGCCUAGCGAUACUUCGGAAUCGGAGCCAGAAAGUGCCCUCGAAGCACAGGAUGACUUCUUUUCUUAUCAAUCGCCGUCAAACGACAGAUCUAAUUCAAUAUUCUCGGAUGAUGACGCGGAUAGUAACUUCUCGCGGAGAAACGACACCACCACCAAUACUGAUCAGUCGGAUUCCGAAGCAACAACGAAGUCCACUGCAAGUGAAGGCAGCUUGAAACAUAACAGACUCAAAUCUAAUAGGGAUUCGCAUAGUCCCAUGCCAACAGAGAAAAUCAAACUUAGACUGAAACUCGAAAAAUCAGAGCCAGUGACGCCAGCAUACAAAGUGGAUGUAUCGUUCGUAAAUGCGCCGACGGUGCGCAAAGCGGACAAGACAGCAGUGAAGCCCAUUACGCCAAGUGCAAAUGCAACUACGGCGAGCAAUGCAAGUAAUAACAGUAGUGUUAACGUCGGUGGCUCGAUAAGUUCCAGUAGCAGUCCAAGUGCGAUGGCGGCAGUUACUGGUAAUGCGAGUCCAGGUUCAGAAGAACCGCGAGUACCGCCACUUCAUAUAUCAUUACGAGGUCGAAACGCCUCGGUUGUACAAAUAGGUAAGAAAGAGAAGAAGUUGCUGAAAGAAGCAGUUGAUCAUGAUGCGGCGGGCGUUAAACGCCGGGGGAAACUGAAGAAGAUGAAAGACGCUACCGAUGGCAAUAAGCUUUUGCAGAAGAAAUCUCUUAAUAUGAUUAUCGGAACAUCGUCCUCCUCAAAAAUGCCUUUAUCCAGCUCCGCCAUAGUAAACAGUGCGAAUGCCGUGGCGAAGGUGAACAAUGCGCUCGUGACCAUGGUGGCCAAGAGCAAUGCCUUAAAACAGGAGAAUACGAGUAGCGGUAGCAGUAGUGGCGGAAGUGGUAACGCAUCUCCAAUGGAAUUAGGAACGCGGCUACCACUACAACAACAACCGCAGCAUCUACAUCAGCAACAACAGUCGCAACAACCGCCGAACAAAGUUACGAGUAGCGGUGACGUUGACGAUUUGCCGCUAAACAGUAGAAUACCAUCGCCUCUCAAGCACAAACCUUCCGUACUCAAUCAACAGCAGUUGCAGCAGCAAACACCGGUUAUGCAGAAUACGCAAACACAGUUACAGCAGCAGUUGCAGCAACAACUACUACAACAGCCGCAAGCAGUCUUGGCAGAGACUGAACUGGUUAAUCACACGAAUGAGCAUAAAAUUGGCGGAGGCAAAACCAAGAGAAGAGACUCAAAGAAGAAAGUGGAACCUAUAGAGGGUCUUCACCGAGAACAAAAUCUUCUCUCUGGUGGACGGAUUCUCGAUAAUGCAGCAAAAUGGCGGAAACUUGGUUAUAAGGGUCCGGACACGGCCAUCGCCACGAGCACUGUCCCUCAAGCGAGUCUCAAGAAAAGUUUAUCGCCGUCAGAGUCUGUUAAUACGACAACGGUGGCGGUGACAACGACGUCGACAACGACGACAAUAACACCGGCAACGACGACGCCGACGGAAAUGAAUGAUCUUAAAAAAGUCGGCGAAGUGCGACGUAUUAGCGAGCCAGUCCGACAACAUGAACCCAAUGGUGUUCGUAAGGAGCUAGCGAGUCAAGAAAAACGUCGCCGAUUGAGCCUUGUCGAUGAAAAAGACUUGGAAUCUCAAAGCUUCAUUCAAGAAGAUCUGGCUGAAAAGCUCAAGAAUCAUGCGAACGAUCGGCAGAAACUGGUAGUGGAUCAUCUAGCAUUGGCCAAACAGAUGAACAUCGCGCCCAACAAAGUCGAGACAACCGUUCAAAGGGUGACGCUAUUAAAAACGUCAAACCCCGUGACGACGACUGAAUCCGUGGUGAUAGCGGCGAAAGAGUUAGUGGAGAAAGCUAUACUACCGAUCGGCGAGAUCAACGUCACGGAGGCGAAAGUCAAGCAGAGACUGUUGGAGAACUCUACCCUUGAAGCAAGUGCUAACGCCUCCAACAAUAAUAACGGCGCCGAAGACAGUGGUAUUGAGUCGAUGGACGCGUUGUCAGAGAAGUCGCCAAAUCAAGGUGAAUCCCCGCUACACAGGCCGGUGCAGUCUCAACAGUCUCAGGUGGUAGUGGAACCGUCAACGGCGACGAUAGUAGCAGUCAGCAACAAGAGCAACAACGUGCCUUCCUCGACAGUUAGUAACGAUAUGUGUUCAAACGUUGCCGUAGCGGAACAAAACCACUUGGAGCUGGAUGUCAAAGCUGAGGAAGACGGCAGCAGCGAUAAGACGACGCCGACGGUAAUAAGUGAAGUGCAGUCGUCGGAAGUGACGGUAGUGAUGGUGAAAGAGGAACCCAAGUGUAAUAAUGACGAAGAGACGACGACGGCGACGAACGUUAUUAAUGUUGUCGAGGACAAAAAGCCAACUCUGCUCGUCGGCGGCGGCAAGGGCGGCGAGUCUAGGUUAAGUGAUAGUAGUACUAGUGCAGUGCCUGUUGUUACGGAGAACCACGUGGUAGAACUGGAGGUAAAAAAAGAGGAGCCGGAAAUCGAAGAUACGAGGCAGCAACAACUUGAAGGUGCAGAAGUGAAAAAAGAAAUAAAAGAAGUGCUGGCGGCGGAAGUAAAAGAAGUGAAAGAGGCGAAAGAAGCGAAAGAGGCGAAAGAGGUGAAAGAAGCGAAAGAAGCAAAAGAAGCGAAAGAAGCGAAAGAAGCGACAGAAGCGAAAGAAGCGAAAGAAGCGAAAGAAGCAAAAGAAGCGAAGGAAAUGAAAGAGGCGGAGGAGACAAAGGAGACAAAGGAAAUCAAACAAGAGAUAACAAAGAUCGAAGUGAAAGAGGAAGCGGCGCAGUCACCAUUGGCAAACGACGAUCCACAGCCGAUUCGAAUAACACCACCGCUGUACACAUACUCGAAUCCGGCGGUACUGCAGCGAGACGAAACUCCGAGUCCAGCACCGGAAAACGCCGAGUUGUCGGUGGUAACGACAGUGAUAGCGCGAAAACGUCGACGGAAGCAGGAACUUGAAGGUCGCCAGGACGUCAUCUGCAUCGAGGAAACCGACGAAUCCAACACGACAACGACCGCGACGGCCACUACCACCGCUACAAGCACGCAUUUCAACAGUCAUGAGCAAGGGACACGUGGCAAGUCUUUGCUCGAGCAGUUACUCAUCGAGAUCCCCAACGAUUCUGGGGCUAGCGCGGAGAAACGUUCUCUUCGCACUCGCUCGCAAAAGACGUCGUUGAACAGUCCAGCCGAACGUCGAAGUAUUUCGCCUUAUGCCAAAACCACGGCGGCAGCAUCGGCAGUCGUGCAGCAGCCAGCCAAGACUAACAAAUUGUCGCCGUUGCCCAAGACCACGAGCAAACGCAAGAGGCAGGAGAGCGAAAGCAGCGUUGCUUCUAACAACGAGGAGCCGACGCAGCCGCACCAGCAACGGACAGGUAAACGAAAAUGCUCGGAGAACGCCGCCGGACUUAUUAAGGCUUGCAUGGACGUAGACGAGGCUACCACUACUGGUCCUAAUAAGAGGCAACUCACUUCGGCCAAGGAUCUACAUCCGGCCAAGAAGGCAUGCAACAUUUUGUCCAGGGCAAAGAAAGCUCAAGGACCAAUGCUUGUAGAUAUAGAAUCAUCUGACGACGAACAUUUGUCUGAAGUUUCCGCAAAAAUUAAAAUUCGAGCAGCUGACGAUUUGUCAACUGGUUCGCCAAAACCCAAAGAUCAAAAAAAUAACACUGGCAACCCUACGACGACCGGUCAGCAACCUGGGAACCUACAAAACUCGACGAUAGGUACAGGCCGAACACAGCGUAUGCUUUCGACAAAGCAACAACCCCAGCACCAGCAGCCCCCAACUCCCAUUCAAACGCAAACGCAGCAACAACAGCAUAUAACAUCAACUACGACAAUGACGACGGUAACAGCUAUAACGCAGCAGCAGCAACAGCCAUCAACGACAAUGACAUUAACGACGAUGACGACGUCGACGUCGACGACGACGACGACGACGACGACGACGACGACGGCUUCGACGACGUCGACGACGACAAUGACGACGACGAUGACGACGACGAUGACGACGACAGCAAUGACAACGUCAACGACGACGACGGUAAAUACGACGGCAGUAAGAGAGAGGCUACGCGGGAGUUCUGUUUCGAGUAAUGAGUCGCUUGGUGAAGUAACGACAAGACGCUCCGUACGACAAAGCACUGCUUCGCCAUUGGCCACUCCAGCGGGUAACACCCGCGGAGCCUCUCGCACCAUGGAAGACGUCAAUCGAAGGAAGACAAGGAGUGGAGCUGCUGCGGGCACGAUUUUCUAGUGGCAGCCGAGGCGACGGAGCAGUCCAAGAGGCGGAGGAUAUCUCGCGAGAACAAAUGACCUUCGGACAGUGACCUUGACAGCGAUUAGCUAGGAUCGUCGCUCAAGGUCAAGCCAACAACUCUACUCGCUGUCACUGUGUGGCUGGACUCCCCUUGGUGAAUCCACUCCCGUCGCACAAUUACACGCAUGUCUGUUCCAUUGCCUGAUUUAAACAAUGAUUUGUUGAAUUUUUUAUUUUAUUAUUUUUUUUUUUCGGCUUAAUUUGAAACAAUUUGAUGCUAUAUAUACAUUUUUUCGAAUAUUCCGGUGACCAAGACUGUGCUCUUAUUCUUAAGUAACUUUUUCGUCAGAAAAUAUGUGUCACUGAUAGACUUUUGCUUGUUCGUUUCGCGUUAAAAUUAUUUUGUCUUUUGAAUACUGUACGUUAUUAUAGUUCAUUUUUCGAAUGCAUAUGUGUGAUUAAAAAAAAAGAACUUUAUUCUCAUAGUAAGAAGACAGUAGUCUAUCAGUUGAUCAAAAUUAUUACAGAGUUUAUAUGGUAUCUAGGAUGGUUGAAACUUAUUUAACAAGUUCGAAAAAUACAGCGUUGGUGAAUAAGUGAAACACGAACUUUAUAAAAAGUAAUAAUGAUAAUUGUAAUUGAUAAACGGUGACUGAACAGAUGAUAAAAUUAGAAAAAAUGUUAAUCACGAUAAUUAAUACAUAAAACAAACGCUAUAUAUUUUGUAAAUAAUUUCUCUGGAGGUGUGCGACGCAUCACUUUCAUUGUAAAUACCAAAACCGGUUCAAAUUUUUAUCGACAAAAAUGGAAGAAAAUCUAACUAUUUAAAAUAUUAUAACUUCAUCAUCAUCUUCAUCAUAUUAAAUUAUGACGUACUUCUCUUUGUCGUCGUCAAAAUUUGAAUUGUUAAAAGCUCACAUCGAUAUCUUCCUUAAUUAGUCUCCUUUAAUCGUUAGAUUAUAUAUUGACACCAUUGGAAAAUGAAGCAAUAUGAUUUCCUAUAAUUUUAUAGUUAGAUAUUCUUGUUUACCAUUACGUGUACAUGCGUUUCUCAGUGAUAACUGGCAAUGAUCGAAUAAUACUGGCUACUCUAUAGCUUAAUUGUAGUGUUUCUAUUAUCUUUAUUUUCUCUUCUUCAUUAUUAGGUUAAGGUUCAUUUAAAUGCAAUACAUCACACACGCAAGUAAUUCUGUAUACCGGUCAAUCAUAUAUGUGAGUCCCCUCCCUUUCUUAUUUGUUUUUUUACUUAGAAGUUAAAAAAUGUUUAUUUAUAUAUACGAUUAAAGUGUCAAUGUUAUUAGUAGAAAAGCAUAAAGGUUUUCACGUGUCGCUUUUGUGCAUAUUUUUUUGGUUUUUUGUUUAAGAGAGGAUAUAAAAGAAAUAGUCAAAAUUAUAAAACUGGACUAACAGGAAUAGAAUUUUUUAGUUUUAUAUAGGUUUUCAGAAUCAAAUGAUUUUGCAAUGAUCUAAAAAUUGUAUAUCUUCGCUUAAAUUAGAAAUUUUUCAGAACUGAAGUCUUCUUAUCUGUUUUUUUUUAUGUAGCCGACUUGAUCUUGACACGCCAAUCGAGUUUCUUGUAUCAGCUUCUUUUUUUAUUUUUCCUUUUUUAUAUUUUUUAUAGUUAAUUCAUAUGUUCAUAUCAGGUUCAAUUUAAAUUAUUCACUGCAUGAAAGUUGAUGGUAUCUUAGGGAGAGAAAGCUGUUUUUGUACAUAAUAGUAUAUGCAUAAAUCCAUCUCAUAUAGUAAAAAUAUACUACGUUUCUAUGAGAAGUUGUACAUAAAAGAAAAUGUGCGUAAAUAGAAUUAAAUUUAUUUUGAUUUUUACUUUAUAUUGUGAUGGGAAAAAGUGUAAUGUGAAAGCUUAUUUUAAUUGUCUUAAAUGUCAAAAAAAAAGUAAGGAACAAUAUUCCGCACUUGGAAAAAGAGACAUUGCGAAAGGAAGAGAAAAAAAGAUUGCUACGAUCAAACAUUGUAAUUUUUGUUGUAAAAUAUUUCUUUGAUAUCAAACAGUUAGAUAGACUAGACAUUAUCAUGUUAUAACUUUAUCACAAAACGUUGAAAUAAUUGUAUAAAUUAAAGAUUGAAUGGAUCAAGCUUCGUGUGUACAUAAUGGUACCUUAGUUGUAAGUGAAUUCUGAUCACAUUAAAGGGCUUAUGAAGUAGGUUAUCUAAAAAUUAGUAAGGAUAGUAUAAAAAAAGAAUAUGAGAGAAUAAAAUAAUUUUGUUGCCGAGGCAACUUGCGUAUGCAUAGCUUUCCCGAGUGAACUCUCAAUGUACAAUAUAAGAUUAAAUGAUUAUUUAUAAAAAAUAAACGCAAGGCGAAAGUCUGGUCCUUAAUGGAGUCAUUUUUGUAUAAAAAAUAAAAGCUCCGCUGUGUGUAUGAGUGUGUGUACAUGCGUGCGUAUGUGCGUGUGUGCGUGUGAAGAAAAGUGACUCUGACGAAAACAAAUCUCCUUUUAUACUUGGUAAGAGGAUACGACUACGACGUUGUUGUCGAGUGUAAAUUUCUUCUUCGCGAGCCCCUUAAUUUUUUACGGAGAGUACGAGGACGUUGUAAAAAUACUAAAAAAAAAAGAAAUUUAUUCUGUCAGUAUAUGUAAGGCAAGCAAGCUCGAAAGUUUUUGCUCUCCAAAAUGAAUUUAAAAAAUUAAUCCCACGUGAAACAUUUGUAUUUUUAGUAAUAAAAUAUAAAUAUUAAUGAUGAUUCAAAUGACAAUUGAAUUAACAAAAAAAUAAAGUAAACAACACAAGCCGAUUGAUAAUAAUCCAAAUUGUGGAUGUGCAAACAGAGACAAAACAAAAAAAGUAAGAAUGUUAGAUAAACAUUAUUAUAUUUGUAGAAAAAUAAAGAGGACGAAAAAUCGCGAGAGAACACAAAAGAUUAUGAGAUUGCGCUAUAAUUAUAAAGACGAAAAAAAUAUUAUGAUUAUAUUAUUAUCUAUUAUUAUUACACAAAGUGAAUACACAACAUAGUAAUUUGCUAAUUGUACCUUUUAAUAAUUACUGUAGACACAUUGAUGAAGAAGGUUUUUUUCUUGUUAAUUAUUAAUUACCAUAGACUUAC